GGGGAAGAGAGGAGCCGCACAAGAGCAAAGAAAGCAAGAGAAAGGAGAACAGUCCGCAGGGAGAACUUCCAGUGCGUUGGCCUUCUUGUGCGACUCAUAUCUCACGAUAUACUCAUUCAAGAGAGGCGUGAGAGGUGUCCACUGAAAUCUGCCGAAGAGAGGAAUCCAUAGGCGUACGGUUUGAAGAAAACGGAUCAGGUUAAGGCCUCCAAAUCAUCCGAACAGAACGCAACCUCGCAGAAUACGUUUUUGGUAUUCAAAGGAACGAAUUCGCCGGAAAACACCCGUUCUAGGGACUGUUUUCGUGUCAACGUUUAGGGGUUGAGCUAGCACUGUGAGGAGGCUGCUUAACACUCAUAUUUAAGCAAGGAAUCAGUUCUUAAUCCACCUUGGCCGAAGCUUUGACCAUUGGAUCAAGAAGGAGAAAUUUAAAGCUCAUUUAAGGUUGAGGCUAGAGCUUGCUACCUGUGCUUGUUGAUCGGGCGAUCAUCUCGGAGGGGAAGACUUGGUAAGCUAGUGUACAUGAGUAUCAAUGAAUGCCGCAAGAGUUUUGACAGGUAUGGAGGCUCUCUUUGCCAUGAAAAAGAAGAAGGAGAGGGCUCAGGUCAAGAAGAAGGAGAAAAAGGAGCCCUCGGGCCAAAAGCCCAUUGAUGAGGUCUUCCCGAAGGAGGUUGUGGAGCCUUCUGCUGAUGUUGCCCUUGCUACUGAGGCCGGGGGGCCGAAGGUCGAGGUGGCCGCCCAGAAGAAGAAGGGAGGCAAGGGGGUGGAGCCCCCGAUCAAGAAACAGAAGGUUGCCGGGGGCACCGUUGGAAUGGUGCCCCCCCCCCAUAGUAAUUGAUGAGCAACCCUCCGCUGACUCCCCGGCCGUUGACACUCCGAUGGCUCAGACAGAUCUUCCCCCGGAGGACUUGCCUCGGGAGAUUCUUCAGCUCUCCCUCGCCCCGGGGGCAUCUGUGCUGCACGGUUCAGCUGAACCGAUGUCUAUCCUGAGGGGGAUUACCUCGAUGAUGGAUAAGCAAGCCCUCUCCACCUACGACGACGACGCCCUCGAGAGCAAGGCCCUUCGAUCGUCUCUGGCUGCGUGUAUAGCCCUCGGUGAGCAGGCCCGAAGGCGCGAGGAGUGGCGCCGUCAUAAGGCCGAGCUAGAGGAGUCCGUGAAGGAGCUGAUCCAUGACAAGGACGUUUGCCUCCGGGCGGUGUGCAAGCUGGAGGAUGCCCUUCGGCAAGCGGAGCUGAAGCUGAAGAAGGCCAGAGAUGACGGCAAGGCCGAGGGCAAGGCAGAGGCCGAGAGGGUUGCGGCCGAGGAGAGGAAGCAAGCGGCUGAGGAAUCAUAAGCCCGGGCUGUCGUCAAAGCCCGAGAAGAGGCCAUCGCUGGGUUCAUCUCCGAGGGUUGGAAGGCCGAGGGCCAGAGGGAGUGGGUGGCUUCCGUGGUGAAGGCCUCGAUCGAGGAGUGGGUGAAAGGCCCCGGGCUCGACUGGAUGAACGAGAGGGGCGACACCUAUUAUCAAGCCGAUGAGUUCUUCACCCAGCAUCUGGUUUACCGGAGGCUCGCCCGGCAUUUCGGCACCUCCCUGGAGGAGUUUGACCCCUCGGUGUAUGACCUUCCCCCAUUGCAGCCAGAUGUGAGAGCCCCCCUCCCCGAGGGCGACGAGCGCCCGGUGAUUCAUGAUUCUAUGAUGAUGAGCGGCGAAGAUGAUGGUGCUGCCGUCG